AUGCAGGUACUAAAGAGUUUGAAACGCGUUUUAGUGCUGGCCACGGUAUUUAGCGAAGUAGUUUACGCUUCAGCAUUGGAAGUGAUUCAAGCUCAAGUCCCGCCGAGGAAAUCCUUCGACGGUGCAAGUUGCAAGCAAACAAUUGUAAAACAUGUUUUUGCAAAUAGUUACGGGGCUCCAUAUGUUGGCUUCUACAACCCACCGAUAAAUUGCUCCUUCACAACAACGAUAUUUAAUCUCUCAGUGACUUCGAGUGGUCGCCAAUAUGACCGUCUCGCCCUUCUCUUCCUUGGAGAUGUUGAGGUCUGGCGAACCUCAACAGCUAUGCCUGGUGGCUACGAAAUCUUUUACUCAUACCAGAAGGAUAUGACAGUAUUUGAUACGCUUCUCCGGAAAGAGCAGAAGCUUAUAUUCGAUCUAAGUAACGUUUUCUCGGAGCUGUAUACUGGAGCUUUUAACGUGACUCUCGAAGCUCUUUACUACAACGACAUGUAUAAGUCAGCACUCAGUCCUCCGAGUAGUAUAUUCCCCAUCUCUACGAAAGCCUCUUCACAAAAUACAUCAUCUGUAAUGUCUCUCCCGGACGGCAAUGGCACGGUCUCGAUCAAACUGCCUCGAAACAUCAAGACCGCAACUGUGUCGAUACUCGCCUCAGGAAAUGGCCAAGAAGAGUUUUGGUUCACAAAUGUUCCAUCUGAAUAUUUGUACACAUUUCCAGAGAAUCCUGGAUGGUUGUUUGGUUACAGUCCUUUUCGAGAGGUACAACUCUUGAUAGACGGAAAGCUCGCGGGUGUUUCCUGGCCAUUUCCUCUUUUGUUCACAGGCGGUGUCGAUCCCGGGCUUUGGCGACCUAUUGCUGGUAUUGAUUCAUAUGACUUGCAGCCCUUUGACAUAGAUAUUUCUCCCUGGCUACCACUUCUAUGCGACGGUCAAGCACACAACUUUCAAAUCAAGGUCGUAGGCUUCGAUUCCUCUAUAAAUGGAAGCAUCGGCACUGUUGGUUCGAAUUGGUGGGUGACUGGAGCUGUAUAUGUGUGGCUUGAUGAGCAUAGCAAUGUGACGACUGGCUCGAAAAUACUAAGUAAGAUCGGCCAUACCUCUUUUAAUUACAGACCUUUUGUGUCGACAGUGGAAGCAAAUAAUGCAACUAAAAACAGCUCUUUCUAUUUCUCGCUGGCAGCCCAUCGUCAGCUUACCAUAUCUUCGACGAUUCGUACUUCAUCUGGUCUUCGGAAUGCCACAUGGUCACAGAACCUGUCUUUCAGCAACAUCCAGAAUAUGACCGAUCUAGCCUUCAACCAAUCUCUGGCCAUGGUCACCACUGGCACAAAUUAUGAUUCGAUAUCUGGCAUUCAGACGACAUACAAGUACCCGCUCAAUCUCUACAGCUCUUACAUAAUUGCAGAAACUAAGGCUACUUUGUCUUCAGUACUCGCUCUUGUUGACAGAAGUCUGAUUACAACAGGUGUCAACAUUUUAUUGUACCUUACGGGUACAAGAACUGGACCAGAAAGUCUGCGUACAAGACAAAGCGCCAUAAGUCAAUACUCGUGGAACGCCACAAUUGUUGAGGGUAUGCUCACGGACACAAGUUCACUUGAACAAUGGUUCUCAUACGCAGGACACUCGGGCUUAAAAGCGGGUGGGGUUGAGCAGUUCGGAAGAUACCUGAAGGAGUCCGACGAUUUCACCACCGAAGACAAUGAAUGUUGGUCCGUGAUAGAGGUUCCCGGAACAAUUCCGCUACCUCCUGUGGACGGCAUGCCUCACGUUUAG